UUUAGGGUUCAUAAUUGAUCAUCUCAUAUAAAUUUUCGUCUCUGUCUUCUUCACUCCAUUACUAAAGUUCUUGACAUCUACAUUUUUUGAGGUUGCAGAGUUUUUGGUAUACCAUUUUGCUGGAAAAAUGUCAGGAGAGGAUGUUGCUGUUGCUGUUGCCGAGGCUCCUGCUCCAGCACUUGGAGAGCCCAUGGACAUCAUGACUGCUUUGCAGCUGGUGCUGAGGAAGUCUAGAGCUCAUGGAGGCCUCUCUCGGGGACUACAUGAAGGUGCAAAGGUGAUUGAGAAGCAUGCUGCACAGCUUUGUGUGUUAGCAGAGGACUGUGACCAGCCAGAUUAUGUCAAAUUGGUCAAAGCACUCUGUGCUGAUCACAAUGUCAGUUUGAUUACGGUACCGAAUGCAAAAACUCUUGGCGAAUGGGCUGGUUUGUGUAAGAUCGAUUCUGAAGGGAAAGCAAGAAAGGUGGUCGGCUGUGGCUGUGUUGUUGUUAAGGAUUAUGGAGAAGAGACUGAGGGUCUUCAUAUUGUCCAAGAGUACGUGAAGUCCCAUUAAAUUCGCACUUAUCUCCCUACCAAAAUGAUAAUCAACAAGACAUUAGUUCUGCAGUUGAUUUUCAGUUUUUAAGAUUAGGUUGAAUUUUGAAACUCUUUAAGCCUAGUGUCCUUCCAGUUUUGUUUACUCGUCUGAAAAGAAUAUUGAUUUACUAGUUGGAAAUCGGAAACUCUCUUCUGGUUUAUAUGUUAUGCUGUUCUUUUA